UGCCUUUCUGAUAAGCAGCAGUACCCAACGUUUUUCAGAACAAUUCCCAGUGAUCAGUUCCAGGCUGAUGCACUGGCCAAGCUGGUGAAAUACUUUGGCUGGACUUGGAUUGGUGCUGUUCGUUCUGACUCAGAUUAUGGAAAUAAUGGCAUGGCAUCUUUUCUUGCUGCAGCACAGAGAGAGGGGAUCUGUGUGGAGUACUCUGAAUCUUUCUUUCGAACAGACCCACAUACCAAGAUCAGGAGGGUAGCCGAUGUUAUCCGCAGGUCAACAGCUAUGGUUGUUGUAGCUUUUACAGCCUCUGGAGAUAUGGGUGUCCUGCUACAGGAGCUGGCUCGUGAACCUUCACCACCUCGUCAGUGGGUAGGAAGUGAGGGCUGGGUAACUGACCCAAACUAUUUGAGCUUCAGUUUUUGUGCAGGAACCAUUGGAGUUGGCAUUCAGCAGUCUGUCAUCCCAGGGCUGAGAGACUUCCUGCUGGAUCUCUCUCCCACUGAAGUGGCUGCCUCCUCGGUGCUCACAGAGUUCUGGGAGGAUGCAUUCAACUGCAGCUUUAAAAAAAUUACUGAUAUAUACAAAAAAGUGUGUGAUGGAACUGAAGCUAUAAAAACACUUCAAAGCCCGUAUACUGAAACAUCUCAGCUACGAAUUACUAACAUGGUGUACAAGGCUGUUUAUGCAAUAGCUCAUGCCAUUCACAAUGUUGUGUGUGAUGAAACACAUAUUACUACUCAGUGUGACAAAAACACAAGACUGGAGUACAAACAGGUUUUGACAGAACUAAAAAAAGUAAACUUUUCCCAAAAUGGUUAUCCUGUAUCAUUUGAUGCUAAUGGGGAUCCUGUGGCUUUUUAUGAGUUGGUGAACUGGCAGAAGAGUGAGAGUGGAGUUAUCAAGCUGGUAACAGUAGGCUACUAUGAUGCAUCACUGCCAAAAGGCCAGGAGUUUAGGAUUACCAGGAAUCUAACAUGGGUGGAAGGUGGCACAGAAGUUCCAGUGUCAGUGUGCUCAGAUAGUUGUCCUCCAGGAACUCAUAAAGUGCUGCAGAAAGGAAAACCCAUCUGCUGCUAUGAUUGUAUACCAUGCCCAGAAGGAGAAAUUAGUAAUACAUCAGAUUCUCUUGAUUGCUUCAAAUGCCCAAGUGAAUUAUGGCCAAAUGAAGAAAGAAAUACUUGCUUCCCGAAACCUGAAGAGUUUCUAUCCUUUGAUGAUGUCCUGGCCAUUGUGCUAGCUGCAUUUUCAAUUACUGGGGCCUGUCUGGCCAUGAUUACAGGAGUUAUUUUCUUUUGUCACAGAACAACUCCAAUUGUCAGAGCCAACAACUCUGAGCUGAGCUUCCUGCUGCUCUUCUCUCUGACUCUGUGUUUCUUAUGUUCAUUAACUUUCAUUGGAGCUCCCUCUGAGUGGUCCUGCAUGCUGCGACACACAGCUUUUGGUAUCAUCUUUGUUCUUUGUAUCUCCUGUGUACUUGGGAAAACUGUAAUGGUUUUAAUGGCCUUUAAAGCUACACUUCCAGGUAGUAAUGCCAUGAAAUGGUUUGGGCCAACACAGCAAAGAAUGACUGUAGUGUCUCUUACAUUUAUUCAAGUUUUGACAUGUACUGUUUGGUUGGUACUAAGCCCUCCUUUCCCUGUAAAAAAUCUGGCUACAUACAAGGAGAAGAUCAUCCUGGAAUGUGCAUUAGGCUCUGCUGUUGGCUUCUGGGCUGUGCUCGGGUACAUUGGUCUGCUGGCUGUUUUUUGCUUUGUGUUAGCUGUUCUAGCUCGAAAACUACCUGAUAAUUUUAAUGAAGCCAAGCUGAUAACCUUCAGCAUGCUGAUAUUCUGUGCAGUGUGGAUCACCUUUAUCCCAGCAUAUGUCAGCUCUCCUGGAAAGUUUACUGUGGCUGUGGAGAUAUUUGCUAUUCUGACCUCCAGUUUUGGACUGAUACUAUGUAUAUUUGCUCCAAAGUGUUUCAUUAUAUUAUUUCGGCCAGAGAAAAACUCCAAGAAAUAUUUAUUAAAGAAAAACUGA